AUGGCGGCGUUAAAUAUAUUAUCCCAGCCCCCAAAUCCAUGGCAGCUGACGACAGCCUCUACUCAGCCAUCUAUCUGUAAAUACAAUAAUAAUAUUAACACAGUUUGUCAAAAAUAUGCGUCGGUAUCUAAUUCUAUAUGUAAAUGUGGAAGAACAACGGCAACAGCUAAAUCGAAGCUCCCGACGCCUCAAAUGUUUCCUCAGCGAACGCAUUUAUCAGGAAGUGGAUGUUCAUGGAUACAGGACAAUUCGCCCUUUUUUGAUAAUGUUACCACUAAUGGAAGGACACGAGGCCCCUUACUUUCAGUUUUUCCUACAACACCCGCGCAAGUUUCUUCUGUGCAGGACCUUUUUGAAUUUAUAUGCACAGGAGAUGAUAUACCCCCUCUAGUGAUUGGUUUCAGUGCACCACAAGGUUGUGGAAAAACAACACUCGUCUUUGCACUAGAUUUUCUCUUCCGAAUGACUGGGAGGAAUUCUGCGACAAUAUCCAUCGACGAUUUUUAUUUGACAGCAGAAGAUCAGGCCAGAUUAAGGGAUAGCAAUCCCAGUAAUGCACUUUUGGAGUUUCGUGGAAAUGCUGGAAGCCAUGAUCUUUCUCUGUCUAUUGAGACUCUUACAGCUCUGGGUAAAUUGACUAAAGAAGGUAUGAAAAUUAAGCUACCUCGAUAUGAUAAGUCUGCAUACAAUGGUAGAGGCAACAGAGUUGAUCCUUCAAUGUGGCCAGAAGUUGAAGGGCCUCUAACGGUUAUACUGUUUGAGGGUUGGAUGCUUGGUUUUAAACCCCUUCUGACUGAAGCUGUUAAAGCAGUUGAUCCACAGCUAGAGACGGUGAAUAAAAAAUUAGAAGCUUAUUACGAUGCAUGGGACAAGUUUAUCAACUCUUGGAUAGUAAUCAAGAUUCAAGAUCCCAGUUGUGUCUAUCAAUGGCAACUGCAGGCGGAAAUUGCUAUGAGGACUGAUGGGAAGCCUGGAAUGUCUGACGAGGAGGUUAUGGAUUUUGUUUCACGAUAUUUGCCAGCAUACAAGGCCUACCUCCCUACCCUCUACUUGGAAGGACCUAAUGGCUCAAAUCCCAAACAUUUGCUUGUCGUCGAAAUUGAUGAAGGCAGGAAUCCCAUCCUUGGGAAUUAG